UUACGUCAUGGCAUCAAUACGGAAGUAUGCACUCAGGAAACUAGCGCCGUGGGUCCGUGACUAGCUCCUUCGGUUUUGUUUACAAGUGACAUGCAAUUCGGGAAUCAGCGGAGUUGAUGCUGAAGCUCCGCGAAGAACCGCAGCAUGUUCCCCCGCAACGCUGCACCGAGAGGGCGGUCACCCUAUGGCUCUCACCCGCCACCCCCCGCGCCCCGGUACUAUGAUUACAACCACCAAAGCCUCGGUGGUGGCAACAGCUUCUAUGCUCCUGGGUUAGAGAGGUUGCCUACAUAUGAAUGGAAGCCCACAGCAUCCACCUAUCCGGUCCUUCCUCCUCGCACACCAACUACGGCCAAUGGGCGCAAGAGGCAGAAUGUUGACUACAGCCCCCAUGUUGUGAAGCGGCAACGGCUUGACUCCUCUUCUCAACAAUUAAUAGGCCCCCCUCUGAUUCGGGCCCCUCCUCUUCCUCGUCCUCCUCGUCCUCGUCCUGACCCGGUGGUGGCAGGGUCAUCAAGAUCAAAUUUUGAUAGUUCUUAUCCGAGCCCACGCUCCCAUCCCCACCCUAAGGUGCCUGCUGUCACAGAGAGAUCCAACAGCUUGCAGACCUAUGCCAAGGACAAGUUGAGUGGUCAGAUGGUGGAACUGUUUGAGGAGUGCCAGCAGCAAUCUUCCGAUUUGGACCGGAAGGAGACGUGCCGAACUCGGCUGCAGCAAGAUAUACAGCAAGUCUAUGCAGUGGCCCGACUUUACUUGACUGGAUCUUCUAUGAAUGGAUUGGGCUGCCGGAGCAGUGAUGCUGAUCUGUGUCUGGUCAUCAAGGGAAAUAAAAGACAUGAUCCUAUUCAUGUACUCUCUGUCCUGCAAAGGUUGUUCAAAUCACUGUCAUAUGUAGAGAGGACUCAGCUGAUCAGAGCCAAAGUGCCCAUCCUCAGGUUCAGAGAGAAGGGCAGUGAUUUGGAGUUUGAUCUGAAUAUCAACAACACAGUGGGCAUCAGAAACACAUUCCUCCUGAGGAGUUAUGCCUAUGCUGAUCUCAGGAUAAGACCCAUGAUCCUUGUUGUCAAGAAAUGGGCACGACACAAUCAAAUCAAUGAUGCCAGCAAAGGAACGUUAAGCAGCUACACACUGGUGCUGAUGGUGCUGCACUACCUCCAGACUCUUAAUGAACCGGUCCUACCCUCUCUACAGAGGGACUAUCCAGAGUGGUUUAAUCCCUUCAUGGACAUUGACAUGGUUCCAGAGGGACCCAAACAUGUCCCCCCCUACAUCUCAAGAAACCAGUCCUCACUGGGGGAGCUGCUUCUGGGCUUUCUCAAAUACUAUGCCACACACUUCAGGUGGGAUAAGCAGGUGAUCUCUGUUCGAGAGGCCAGAGCUUUGCCUAAGAACAAUUCUCAAGAGUGGAGAAACAAAUACAUAUGUGUGGAAGAGCCAUUUGAAAGAAAUAACGUCGCCAGAGCAGUCCAUGAGAAGAUCAAGUUUGAUGCCAUUAAAGCUCAGUUUGCUGAGUCAAGUCGGAUACUACAACAGAGAAAGGACCUGAACUCGAUCCUCCCUGUCAGAGCCAUCAUUACGAAGGAGUCAUCCGGGAGAUAAGGGAUUCCUCUAAUUAGAAGAGCUGACGGGAGUCUUCUACCUCAAGACAGGCCUGUCCCCAGAAACGAAGAGCGACCUUUGGGGUGUGCUGAGAGAGAAGUCUUGCUGCCUCUGCACCUCACAGCCAGAAAGACUCCAGGACUCUGAAUGCUCUGGCUGCAUAGGUAUCGGCCACAUACUGUAUGUCCCGCGGCAGUACGUGUUGAAAAUACUGCACUUACUUUCAAAUGCUUUGCAGACUUGGCCAAUCUUUUGUAAUUAUUUCAACUGAUAAUGAAAAAAGACAUUAUUUGUGUAGUGACACCAGAGGGAUCUGAAAUUAAAAUCUUAUUGCUGCUCCUUCCCAGGGCAAAUAGCAUUCCUAGUAAGAAGUUCAGUAUACUGACAAAGUAUGAAAAGACAAAAUAAUACCUGUGACCUGCUCAUUUGUGAAGCUGGCCUAAAUGGAAGCAACAGUGUUUAGGUGGAAAAGGUCUCAACCAAGUUGAUCUCGUCUAAUCUGUUUUAGUUAUAUCGAUACUGCACAGAGUCUGCUUUGAAGGUGCCCAUAGGUUUCUGUUUCUGCCACAUACACAUAUAUAUAUAUAUAUAGAGGAUAUUGUCUGCAGCCUGCCUGGACCAUCUUGUAACAUAAAAGCCUUUUUUCUAUUUUUCUAGGUCAGUAUUGAAGCUAUUAUGGGUUUAAACACCAUAGACACCGUUUUCUACAGCUGCAUUAAGAGCCCUCUCCUUUUUCAUCAUCACCAUUGUUGUAUUUCUAAGCCUCUCUGAAAAGUGAACUUGAUAUUAAGUGAUACAUUACUCAGAAGUUAUCGUUGGAGGGCUGGACUGGAGAUAUUCCCACUCUUUUGUCAUUGUUACUGAUGUGUUGUAUUAUUUUCCCUACACUGGUGUCAGGCCUAUUUUAGUUCACUAUAUACUUGAUUAAUUUGGACAAAAACAGAUGUGUUAUUCAGUCAUUUUCGGUUCACUUAAUACAUAACUUAUUGUGGGACCUUGUUUUUUUUUUUUCUUUUCAUUUUGGUUUAUAUUUUUCCUCAGAUCUUUUUGUACAGUUUAUACAUUACUGACUUUUAAAUGUUAAUUUAAAAAACAUUAAAUCUUUGAAGAUG